AUGCACACCGCCGCACUUCUCCUCCUAGUCCUCUUCGGGCUCUUCCACACCGUCUCUAGCGUCGUCCCUUUCAAGAUCGUCGUCGCCCCCAUCCCCUCCCCUGAUCCCAUAACUAUCAUGCCCUCCCAUAUGGAGUCCGCCAUCCAAUACAUCCACUCAGCGUACUCGGCCAUCUGCGACUUCUUCCUCGAUCUCCUGUCCUGCUCGCCUGCUCAACUCGUCCGAAUGGCACCGUAUCUCGUCGAUGUCCUCCCUGCCCUAGCAUACAUCACCAUCGUCCUCCUCUUCACCAACAGAACCGCACAUUCCGACCUGGACACAGCCCCUGCUCCUCGUCCGCUUUCUCGCUGCUCGGCGCGCUUCUCGGACGCCCUCUCCUGGCUCACCGGGGGGCUCCUCGUCUCCAAGGCACACCACGACCGAACCAUCGCCCGCUGCCUUGCCAAGAUUGACUUCCUCCAGGCCACACAGCGGGACAACGAGCAGGAGCUCUCGUGGCUGCGCGAACGUUUUGACUGGCAGCACGGGCUCGAAGUGCAGUACCUGAGCACCAUCGCGGCGCGCAACGCGUCGAUCGCUCGGCGGAACACGCGCAUCGAGAGGCUGGUUGCUAGGCUUGACGAGGCCCAGGCCGCCAUCGCGGAGAGGGAGGCAGCUAUUGUCGACAAGGACCUCGCCAUCGCCGAGGCUACGGCAAUCAUACGGGAGAAGGAUGCCGCUGCCUCUCGUUUGGUCAAGGACGCCGAGCUCUUCAGGUCUAACGUGGGGGAUACCGAAUCGACAAUACAGUCCUUGAAUCACUGCCUCUCAGAGGAUACGGUCCACAUCACCCAAUUGAUAGAGAGACUCCACCACGCUCAAUCUGUAGGAGACCAACGCAAGGCGACUAUCCACGCACUAGAGGCUGAGGUGCAGACGUCCCGUGCCGAGGCCGACGCGAGGAUAGCAGCCGCGGACAAGGCCCACCGCGCCAAGGAAGACGCACUCCAGCGCGACCGGCAGGAGUUCCUUGUUUAUCGGAUGGCGAUCAUCGCCCAGAAAGACACGCUCGUCGCCGGCCUUCAGACUGACGUCCUCCAGCUGCAACGGGACCUCGAUGCGUCCUUGUCUGCCAUCGCCGAGCGGGACGACCUUAUCGCCUCCUUGCGCACCGACGUUUCCAGACUGCAGGGGGACCGCGCCAGGGUGCAAGCCGACGUCGAUUGGGGUCUCCGUUCUACGGUUGAGAAGGACGCCCUAGCAGCAUCUCGGGCGGUCGACGAUCUCCGGUCCGAGCGGGAGGCAUUCACACAUUCCGCUUCGGUCCAAGCUCAGCUGAAAGCGAAACUCGAGGCAUCGGAAAAGAGGGAGUCCGACGAAUGGUUCGCGGAUACCCACCUCCCUCCGGCGAGCGAGACGUCGCACGCCGCCGAUCAGCUCGAGUCGCUCACACAAGAGCUUGCCGACGCGAAGCAGGAGAUCCGCAAGAUCACGCGCCUGCAGCAGGCCUACGAAGAGGCCGCGGACGCGGGAGCCGUGAGGGUCCUCGGCCUGCUCAAAGAGAUGGAGGAGCUCAAAGAGCUGGCCGAAGUGGACCACGAGCUGCUCAUCGCGCGAAUCAAGAAGCUGACUAUCCAGCUCGACAAGGCGAGGUCCGGAGUCCCCGACACCCCGAAGCCGUUCGUCCAGCUGCGUCUGCCUAACCUCGUGAAUCACAAUAACGCGGACAGCUUCACCGCUGUCACUCCGCGUCUCCCCUCCUCCGAAUUCUUGGUCGAGAAGCCAUAUAGUCACCGCAGCCUGAGGCGUAUUCCCGCAGCCGCGAAUUUGCGACGACCUUUUGCCGAUAUCACGGCAUCUACAAUCAACGCUUCUAAUGGGGGCUCGAUGAGGAUGAACCUCCUACCACAGGAGGCGACUACAUCGAUGCGGCACUCCCCCUCUCAAUCCCAGUAGCCUGAUGCGCCCUUAGGCGUGCUACUACGAUAGUAAUUUUUCC